AUGUUUGACGACGAUUACGAUGAUGAUGACGACGACCACGACAUGGACUGGGAUAAAGUGUUGCGGGGCGCGUUGACGUCGGUCGUCGAGUGGCGCCCGCAAGAAGAAGAACACUGCUUUGUCCAGCUCGUCGAAGUCGUCAUUAACCAAGCUAUACAUUACCACUAUCAGUCCGGCGCUGGCAAGAAAAUCAAGUACGAGAACAUCGGCGGUGAUGGUUACAACUACAAGACCAAACUCAUGGACCCCGUCCAGAUAGGGCUGCAAGAUACAGUCCAAGCUGAGCACACUGAGGGGUGCCAAGCGGGAGUGCGACCUCAUGAUACUCGACGAGCGGCGGCUGCUGUCCGAGAAGCAUGUCAUGCAGCAGAAGCAGCGCAUGCUCCGCGAGCGGCUGUUCGAGCUUCGGCGCGAGCACUAUUACCUGCGGUACGGCUAGCCGAAACCAACAUCAUCAUCAAACCAUUUCUCACACAACCAACAACAACAUUAGCAAUAGUCGUCGAGGUGAGAACGCAUCUUAUAUUUGUGGUAUUUACAUUAUUAUUCUUAUGA